AGGGCGGCUCCGCCUCCCCCGGCCGGGGGCGUCACACGGGGGAGCCGGAGCGUGGUGGCUCUUCGUGCUUCGCUCCCUCUGUGUCUCCCUCUCAUUUCUUAGAGCUUUGGGUCUGGUGCUUUGUCUACAACUCCCGCGGGAGGGGGAGAGGAAGGGCAUGCACUGAUCUCGUCUCUGUGGUGACCAGUGACAGGACCCGAGGAAUGGCCUGAAGUUGUGUCAGGGGAGGUUCAGGCUGGAUAUCAGGAGAAGGUUCUUCACCCUGAGGGUGGUUGGGCACUGGAACAGGCUCCCCAGGGCAGUGGUCACAGCACCAAGCCUGACAGAGUUCAAGUGCGUGAACAAUGCUCUCGGGCACACGGUGUGAAUCUUGGGGAUGGUCCUGUGCAGGGCCAGGAGUUAGACUCGAUGAUCCUUGUGGAUCCCUUUCAACUCAGCAUAUUCUGUAAUUCUGUUAUUCUUGUGCCAUUUUGUUGCUUUGAACCCUCUUGGCUCUUGACUGAUCUCACCCUGAUUUCAUCCCCCCAGGCUUAUGCUAAUUCUGUCAUUUCUCAUGUGUAAUUUUAUCCAUCUGUCUGUGUUCCUCAUUUCUUUGUACUUUGAUUAUCAAAGCAUAGAUGGUGGUAGUCUCACAAGCCCUCUACUGACAGUGUUGUUCUCUCUAUGCUGCUUUUCUAUUCAAAAAGAAAGUAAGUUGGGACGUGUGUAGAGCAGCUGCAGUUUCAAAGGUGGGUCUUAGAUCUUGGUGCUUAAACUUCCACCUGGCUCUGGGUAGGCUCAUCUAGCCCUCCCUAAGCAAAAUGCUCUAAUGAUUAAAUGAUUUUAAGUGAAGGAAAAAACCCAAGAAAGAUAGUUAAACAAUGGAUAGGUACUUAGUACCCUGCUAACUUCUUCAGUUUUGUUUUCUGUGAAAUGAAGCAGCCGUGCUGCCUGCGCUUAAAAGGGAACGCUGAGAGCACAGGAGAGGCAGCUGGAGAGCCUUGAAGGGAAGGGCUGGAGUUUGGAUUUCUCUGCUUUCAGACACACAGACCACUCCUUGAAGAUCUCUGUGCUGUGAUUCACAUCGUCUCUGCUUUAAAUAUGCAUGGAAGAGACAGAGGCUUGAUUGCCAUGCAAGACUGGGAGCCCUGGUUCCUUGCUAACCAGACUCUGCACCUGACUGGGCUUGUCUGCUCUCAAGUCUGGACACCCUUAUCAGAAGGGCAAACUUGUGAUUAAGAGUUUAUUUCCAUGCUUCUUGUGUGAGAUCAUCUGUAACCAGCUUUUCCCUCCCUUUCUAGAAGACGAGACCCUUCUAGAAGGAAAGAGUGGUUGGUGAUUCAUGAGCUAGUCUAAUGGCCCUGCCAUUUCUGGUGGGAUUUGGCAAAGAAAAUACCUCCCGGCAGUGGUCCAAGGAAUAGGCAGCCUGGGUUUUGUUGCAUUGUCUGUCACACUGUCACUAACAGAUUAGAGGCUUGAUGGCAGGGAAGCUGAUGGCUUUGUGGGCCCAUCUCUGAGCUCCAAGUCCUCAGCUCCCGUUGUGUUUUCUGGCAUUCAGGUGCCUCUUAGCCUGAUGGAUCUUCAUUCUGCUCUCCUGCCCCAUGGGAAAACCCUUGGGUUUCGCCCAGGGCUGGCUGCUCAUCCUCCUCACCUCCAGUUCCAGCAGAUUUCCCGGAGCUGCUUGUUGCCCAGAGAACUCAGCAGUCCCUAAGUAGCUAAUGACUGGUGGUACAAUAUGUUUGUUAUUCAUUUUAUUUCUCUGAUGACUCAAGUAGCUGGGUUGAGGCCAAACCACCUCCUCGUGUAAUCUCCAAGGAGGAAAGACAGAAGAUUUCCUUCUUCCCACUGUACUGAAUGUGCUUUUCCCUGCUCUUUUGAGUGCUGGCUUUCUUUAGCCAUGUGUGACCAAGCCAGUGUGACAGUAACAAAGGUGGGUGUGAAAGAAACAAAAGUUACUGAUGAUGCACAGGGCUGUUUUCUGGGCAUACCGCUCUCUUCCCAGAUUUGGGAAAGAGUGGUGAUUUAGCUCAAAUAUGUGAAUCAUUGUUUGCUUGGCAUCCCUUGGGAAUGGUCCUAAUAGCCUUCCCGGAAAAUAAAAUCCUUUCAAAAAUACACAGAAGAUGGAAUUAAUCUUAUAAAUAACUAAAUGUAUAUGUGACUUAGAGAAAAAGGUUUCUUUGGAAAAUGAUCUCAGCUGUCCCAUGUGCAUCUGACUGAUGAUUCCACUAGCUGGGAACAGUGAGCAAAUGGAGGGAAGGGGUCCGGGUCAAAGGGUGCAUAGGCUGUGAGAAAUGCUUUUUUCUUAGCUUUUUGACCUGUUCUUACCCUGGAGAUGUUUCAAACAUGCUGGACAGACUGUUAAUCCUUUUCCAAUGCUGUGGAAAUCCCAGGUCCAGCAGGGUGUUACUAAAAAAUACAGCUAUGACUGAAGUUUUUCCAGCAUGUAGUAAAAACAAUGAUUUCCACAAACUCCACUUCCUUGGGAUUAGUAAUGGUCUGAGGAUAAUAAUCCUUCCACGUCCUCGGUCAGUCAUCUCUUCCCAACCGGUCAUCCCUACAUCAGGGAAGUGUUUGUGCUGUGUUUGGUACAGCUGCUUUAACUGCCAAUGUUUCCAGCUUGGAAAAGCAUGCUCUAAAAAGGAAUUUACCAUCUCAGGGGAGCUGGACAGCAGUCACUGAAGUGUCAGAGUGGAUUAACAGGAAAAAUCCUAUGGCAGUUUGACUCUGCGCAGCACAGAUGGCUGUGAGCGCGGUGAUUCUGAACUUCAGGGUGCACGUGCAUCCCAACACCUUCUUGCUUCUCCCAUGAGAAAUGCCAUCGCCUGGGCUGCUGGCUGCAUUCCUUUGGGAUGACUUGCACCACCAGAAUGCCCUUUUUCCCUGUCACAGCACCAGGAACCCUUCACCUCCCCACCAUCACCCUGCUGUGGGUCUUCCUCCCUCCCUGAGCCGCAGGGCUGGGAAUGCUUACGUGCUCUCCCCUCCCUGCCUCACCUUGGUUUUGGGCACCUGGGAAGAAGCUGGGAAACAAAACUCGGUGGCUGACGUGGGGAUCACAGUAGCUUUGAGGGAGGCUGCCCCAAAACAUUUUCACCUGAGGUGAACAGGUGAACAGGGCAGAGAUUUGGAUGUUUAAAACAGGCAGCCUUGCCAUAGUUAACUGAGUUUUCAAAGCACUCAGCUCUGAUUUUUCAAGCAUUUCAGUCACUAAAGCAUCUCAGAAGGGGGAGCUUUGCCACUUGAACCCAAUAUCUGUCUCGCUGAGAAAUGAGUAGCAUUAAGUCUGGACAGCAGAUGGCAAAGUGUUCCACGUGGCUGAGGAAGAGAGAGGGAAUGAUAGUGACACUUCUGACAUCCUGUGAAAGAAACGUGCAUGUAUAUUCAUCUCAGAUAUGGAUGCACACUACAGUGCAGAUGAUUAAAUGGAGUACUUCAUUUCUGGAAAUAGGUGUCUGUCUAAGAGGUGUCUCCCGUGGAAUCAAAAUUUCCAAGACUUCCACCUCUCUUUGGAGCCACUGCAGCCACUUGUGCUACAGUGUUUAGCACAUUUAGCAAAUAUUUCCAUUUAACUCUUAGUCUGCCUUCUGAGAAACAGAAAUGGGCACGUUACCCAUUUAGGAUGUCACUGUGACCUGGCUGUAGCCUCUGAGCUACAUGAUGGUGCUACAGAUGGUGACAUGAUUUUUAGGGGUCUUUAGAAAGGCCAGGCUCUGUGAGGCCUGGCAGGGCUGCCAUUUCUUGUCCUGCUGAGAACUGCAACACUUAGUGAUGCAGGAGUGGUUUGCCUGCCUCUACUGAAAGACUGAGGCAAACAGGGGGCAGGUGGAGUGAGCACCACAGAAAAGCCUGGGAUCUGCACAGGUUUUCCAGAGCCCAAAUCAGUAGAAGUGCUGCCCGUGUGGAGCUUCUGGUGGUGAUGCCAUUCCCAGCACACAGGCAUGCAGGGGCAGCAGGAGUGGGUCUGGGGCUGCCCAAUAGCACCCUUCAUUGCUGCUGGUCUUCCCUGCUGCCCAUUCAGAGGGGGUCUGCAAGGGCUGCUCUCUGCCACAUGCUCCAAGGGGCUGAAGAUUCAUCCACCAUCCCAAUGACUGCCUUGGAGUAUCUUAGGCUGAGAGAGGCUGACUCAGAUUGGAGUCACUCAUAAUGGAACCCCCAGACAAGGGGAAGAGUGACGAGAGCUUGUCCAAGAAGAACAGAGACUUGCUUCGUCUGGAGGCGCAAGAGAAGAGGAGACGGGAGGCUCCAGGGGAGAAAGACCAGUUCCCUGGGAAGACUCCCAUCUUUGCAAAACCCUACAAGACUGAUAACAAAGAUGCGCUGUCAAGGCGCAUUAGGAACAUCCUCGGCGAUUACAAUGAUUUCAAGGAGUACAUGAGGAAGAAUUUGCGGAAGGUCAUAUGGCUUCCAAAGAAGAUCAAAUCCAGGUCACAGACCAGGAGCAAGUGUCGUGAACCGAGCUCCAGACAAACCAAGACAUUUCAGAGCUCAGUGACGGAACAACCACUUAAAAAUUCUAAGACAUCAGAAUCAUCUGAGCUUGAACCUUUCCUGGAGAAAACCAACUCCACGGAUGCGCCAUCCAUUGAGGACAUAUUGAGGGAAAUGACCUUCACAUUUUCCCGUCCUGUGUCACCUCUGCAGUCACCUCCAAAAGCAGAGCCAAGCUCAACAAAGCAAACCAACUCCACGGAUGUGCCGUCCAUUGAGGACAUUUUGAGGGAAAUGACCUUCACAUUUUCCCGUCCUGUGUCACCUCUGCAGUCACCUCCAAAAGCAGAGCCAAGCUCAACAAAGCAAACCAACUCUACGGAUGUGCCGUCCAUUGAGGACAUUUUGAGGGAAAUGACCUUCACAUUUUCCCGUCCUGUGUCACCUCUGCAUUCGCCUCCAAAAGCAGAGCCUGCCAAAUUGCCGUGCUCAACAAAGGACACAGAUGGCUCUGCAGCUCAGAAUCAGGAGCAGUCUGGCACAGCCUCAGGAACUUUGCCGAGCUCUCAGACAAGAACAUCUUUCAGUUGGCUCCAAAAUGUUCCUCAGCUCAGUGACAGUGAGGAGAGUGAUGACAACCAGGUUCUUGAAAAGCCUCCUUCUCCACUUGCUCCUCCAAGAUACAGUUUCAGUUGGCUUCCAAUUGUCCCUCAGCUCAGUGACAGCGAGGAGAGUGAUGACAAUCAGGUUCUUGAACAGCCACCUUCUGCACAUGCUCCUCCAAGAUACAGUUUCAGUUGGCUUCCAAUUGUCCCUCAGCUCAGUGACAGCGAGGAGAGUGAUGACAAUCAGGUUGUUGAAAGGCCACCUUCUCCACUUGCUCCUCCAAGAUACAGCGUGCUCAUAGACGACCUGCAGCUCAGUGACAGCGAGGAGAGCGAUGACAACCAAGUUGUUGAAAAGCCUCCUUCUGCACUUGUUUCUCCAAGAGACAGUGCCCUACAGUCCCAGCCCAGGAGUGUGGCAUCAUCUCCAUCCAGCAGCUCCGAGACCAGUGACUCAGGGAGCUCUGUAGACUGGGAGAUGGAGACCACCUCGAGAGAUGGUGACAUGAGCGACCCUCCAAGUGCACCAGCACCUGAGGACAUGGACGGCUCUGCAGCUCAGCAUCAGGAGCAGUCUGGCACAGCCUCAGGAACUUUGCCGAGCUCUCAGACAAGAACAUCCGUGCUCCUGGAUGACCUGCAGCUCAGUGACAGUGAGGAGAGCGAUGACAACCAAGUUGUUGAAAAGCCUCCUUCUGCACUUGUUUCUCCAAGAGACAGUUUUAGCACACGGUGGCCACGCAUUCCCCUACAGUCCCAGCCCAGGAGUGUGGCAUCAGCUUUGUCCAGCAGCUCAGAGUCAGGGAGCAGCAGUGACUCAGAGAGCUCCUCAGGCUUGGAGACCCGCCGGAUUGUGGGAAUCAAAAGGCCUGGCAAGCCCCUGGUGCACGAUGGGUCCAAGAGGCACCGGAAGGACCCCGAUCCAUUGGAGAUCAGGGCCCAGUCUUCCAGGGACUGAUGCUGCAGUCUGUCAGCUGGGACUCACUGCUCAGCGUGUUCUUGGAAACCUUGGAACGCUGAAUAAAAAAUGAUGUAACUGAGCAGUGGUGAAGCAAGGUGCUAUUUGGUGUCCCCUGGUCAUCCUGACUUCAGAGGAUCACUAAUCUCAUAUGCCACUGUAUUAUUAAAUGGGAUGGUCUCUGCCAUUUAAAAGCAGAGCAUUUUAAGUCUCUCUCCAUUGAAUCCUCUCAACUUUGUAAGUGCUGUCUAGUUGAGCUGGCAAGUCUGAAAGGAACAAUCAGCCUAAUUCAGUCAAAACACAUAGAGGAGAUGUCAGGGGGGGUAUCUCUGACCACAGAAGGUACCAUGUACCAUAAGGAGGAGAGAGAGACAGUGCUGCAGUUUAUUUGCCUUGUUGGGUGAUUUGUCCCAGGGAUUUUAGUUGCUGUAAUUACCCCUUCACUCAGCGACAAGGGGCUGUGUUGGAGGGAUACCUUUUUUGCAGUUUCCUGAUAGUCUGGGUGCAAGUGUUGGCUCCAAGGACAAGUCCUGAGACUUGCUCCUACUUGAAAAGCAACUUGUGUGUUGUUGGCUGAUAAAGGUGUGAUAUCUAAUGCACAAUGAACUGAACAAAGUUUCAUUUCGCUUUGAUUGAAUCCUCUGUAUUAACAAGUUGUCUCACACUUCCAGGGGAAUUUAAAGAGAAUUGGUAGAGGAUGUAACUGAGCCUUAAAAAAAUCCCUACAAUGUAUAUACACCAUAUUCACAACUUUGCUUCCCAUCUCCAGAGCAUCAAACCCAUCAUUUGAAACCCAGAAGAAAGACAUGCUGCCCCCACCACAGCCAGCCGUGACUCCUGCACAUCCUGCACCAAAGCCAACAGACAUGACCCAAAAGAUACAGAGCUGAGACACAGCUGAGAGCUGCAAGAGACACAGAG